AUGGAGAGUAUCGCUCCCCGUGAGAACUCCAGGAAGGGGAAUGAGAGGAAUGAUGUGGGUGUAGAGGAAAGAGAGUCGUUUGUGAUGACGAUUAUUUCAUGACCUGAUGUGUUAAGGCAUGACAGAAUACAGAGAGUGUGAGUGACCGGUGAAAUCAAAUAGGAUAUUCACCUCCCCUCUCCUGAAUAGCCUCCCUGUAAUAAUAAUAAUAAUAAUAAUAAUAAUAAUAAUAAAAAUCAAGAAUACAUUUUAUUUGUGACACGCUUGUUCAUCUUUCUACCAUACCAUCUAGGUUCAUCGUCAAUGUCUCUUUAUUACAACAGUGCCUAGGUCUGUCUCAGCUCUACACUGCUUCCUGUGGUCUAUCAUCAUGGCAGGCAGCAGUAACAUACUCAACCCUGUAGUCAUCACUGCUUCCUGUGGUCUAUCAUCAGCAGUAACAUACUCAACCCUGUAGUCAUCAGUGCUUAUUGAUCUCUGGAGCUCUAAUGUGUACUGUACCUGCCUAGGCAUGCCUAUACUACUCUCACACACACACACACACACACACACACACACACACACACACAGAUUGAAUCCACAUACUGUAUAACAUUUUAGUCAUUUAGCAGAUGCUCUUAUCCAGAGUGACUUACAGUUAGUGAGAGCAUACAUUUUCCAUACUGGCCCAUACAGGUAGUAAAUCACACAGGCCUGUCCUACAUGUUAAAUUACAGGUAGUAAAUCACACAGGCCUGUCCUACAUGUUAAAUUACAGGUAGUAAAUCACACAGGCCUGUCCUACAUGUUAAAUUACAGGUAGUAAAAUCACACAGGCCUGUCCUACAUGUUAAAUUACAGGUAGUAAAUCACACAGGCCUGUCCUACAUGUUAAAUUACAGGUAGUAAAUCACACAGGCCUGUCCUACAUGUUAAAUUACAGGUAGUAAAUCACACAGGCCUGUCCUACAUGUUAAAUUACAGGUAGUAAAUCACACAGGCCUGUCCUACAUGUUAAAUUACAGGUAGUAAAAUCACACAGGCCUGUCCUACAUGUUAAAUUACAGGUAGUAAAUCACACAGGCCUGUCCUACAUGUUAAAUUACAGGUAGUAAAUCACACAGGCCUGUCCUACAUGUUAAAUUACAGGUAGUAAAAUCACACAGGCCUGUCCUACAUGUUAAAUUACAGGUAGUAAAUCACAGGCCUGUCCUACAUGUUAAAUUACAGGUAGUAAAAUCACACAGGCCUGUCCUACAUGUUAAAUUACAGGUAGUAAAUCACAGGCCUGUCCGACAUGUUAAAUUAACAGGUAGUAAAAUCACACAGGCCUGUCCUACAUGUUAAAUACAGGUAGUAAAUCACACAGGCCUGUCCUACAUGUUAAAUUACUGGUAGUAAAAUCACACAGGCUGUCCUAUAUGUUUAAUUACGGGUAGUAAAUCACACCGGCCUUUCCGACAUGUUAAAUUACAGGUAGUAAAAUCACACAGGCCUGUCCUAUAUGUUAAAUUACAGGUAGUAAAAUCACACAGGCCUGGUCCUAUAUGUUAAAUUACAGGUAGUAAAUCACACAGGCCUUCCUAUAUGUUAAAUUACAGGUAGUAAAAUCACACAGGCCUGUCCUAUAUGUUAAAUUACAGGUAGUAAAAUCACACAGGCCUGUCCGACAUGUUUAACUUACAGGUAGUAAAAUCACACAGGCCUGUCCUAUAUGUUAAUUACAGGUUAGUAAAAUCACACAGGCCUGUCCGACAUGUUAAAUACAGGUAGUAAAAUCACACAGGCCUGUCCUAUAUGUUAAAUUACAGGUAGUAAAAUCACACACGGCCUGUCCUAUAUGUUAACAUUACAGGUAGUAAAAUCACACAGGCCUGUCCUAUAUGUUAAAUUACAGGUAGUAAAAUCACACAGGCCUGUCCUAUAUGUUAAAUUACAGGUAGUAAAAUCACACAGGCCUGUCCUAUAUGUUAAAUUACAGGUAGUAAAAUCACACAGGCCUGUCCGACAUGUUAAAUUACAGGUAGUAAAAUCACACAGGCCUGUCCUAUAUGUUAAAUUACAGGUAGUAAAAUCACACAGGCCUGUCCUAUAUGUUAAAUUACAGGUAGUAAAAUCACACAGGCCUGUCCUAUAUGUUAAAUUACAGGUAGUAAAAUCACACAGGCCUGUCCUAUAUGUUAAAUUACAGGUAGUAAAAUCACACAGGCCUGUCCUAUAUGUUAAAUUACAGGUAGUAAAAUCACACAGGCCUGUCCUAUAUGUUAAAUUACAGGUAGUAAAAUCACACAGGCCUGUCCGACAUGUUAAAUUACAGGUAGUAAAAUCACACAGGCCUGUCCUAUAUGUUAAAUUACAGGUAGUAAAUCACACAGGCCUGUCCUACAUGUUAAAUUACAGGUAGUAAAUCACACAGGCCUGUCCUACAUGUUAAAUUACUGGUAGUAAAAUCACACAGGCCUGUCCUACAUGUUAAAUUACAGGUAGUAAAAUCACACAGGCCUGUCCUACAUGUUAAAUUACAGGUAGUAAAUCACACAGGCCUGUCCUACAUGUUAAAUUACAGGUAGUAAAUCACACAGGCCUGUCCUACAUGUUAAAUUACAGGUAGUAAAAUCACACAGGCCUGUCCUACAUGUUAAAUUACAGGUAGUAAAUCACAGGCCUGUCCGACAUGUUAAAUUACAGGUAGUAAAAUCACACAGGCCUGUCCUACAUGUUAAAUUACAGGUAGUAAAUCACACAGGCCUGUCCUACAUGUUAAAUUACAGGUAGUAAAUCACACAGGCCUGUCCUACAUGUUAAAUUACAGGUAGUAAAAUCACACAGGCCUGUCCUACAUGUUAAAUUACAGGUAGUAAAAUCACACAGGCCUGUCCUACAUGUUAAAUUACAGGUAGUAAAUCACAGGCCUGUCCGACAUGUUAAAUUACAGGUAGUAAAAUCACACAGGCCUGUCCUACAUGUUAAAUUACAGGUAGUAAAUCACAGGCCUGUCCGACAUGUUAAAUUACAGGUAGUAAAUCACACAGGCCUGUCCUACAUGUUAAAUUACAGGUAGUAAAAUCACACAGCCACAUUGUAAUGUUUGUCAGUCUCCAUGUCUGUAUCUGUCUGAGUGGUUCUGUCUCAGUCACACCUGCGAGGUAGCUAGCCCUAAACCUGCUGCCCCUCCCAGUGUUCUCCACCUGUUCCCCAGAGAUGUCAGGCACUAAGCAGCAACCAUUCUAAGAUUUCCAGCCUCAGGAUAUUUUUUUUUUUUAAUCGAUAGCUGAGGAGAGAAAAAGGCAGAAGCGGGAAGGAGAGAGGAGGAAAAACAACAACAUCUCAUUAUAAGGUUUCCAUGGUUACCAGAGAUCAGCUGAUCGGUGCGUUUGUGUCUAAAAGAUUGCCCAAGGUUCCAUGACUGAGAGGAAAACCACCACCACCACCGGACCCCGAGUCAGUUCUAACCGGUUACACCACUGUUUCACCACCAUCAUCAUAACCUGCAACCGUGUCUCCAUGGUGAAACACUGAUCACUAGAUUAGUCCGAAUAUUUAUCUUUUUAAAUCAAUGAAAGGGGUUGCAGUGAAUGGAAGCAAUAUUUAAAAGAUGGCCUAAACUUCAAAACCGAAGUGUUUCUCUUCAUAAUUUAGAGCCUUUAGUUCCCCAGAGAGAGAAGAUGAAUUGACCAGAGCCUCUCAAAUGAUUCCGCAGCAGCUGAUCUGGGCAGGUCUCUUUCAAUAGAGGCCUCAGCUCAGUUUGGCAACCGAGAGAGAACUGGGCAGAAGGAACACGGUUACCACACAGAGUUGAAACAAUACUAAAGGGGAGUGUUCCAUUCAAAUAAAGAAAGGAAUCCAGAAUGUUCUGCUAGCCUAGUUCUGUGAACUACAGAAUGCUGGCAUAGCCCUGGGAACACAGAAGCCUCUGAAUAGAACUACUAACAAAAAAAGGCCAGAUUCCGCUUUAAACCAGCCCAACGAAAGACAAUUGAGGGUUGCAAAACUCCUUGGUCACACUGGACGGAUUUCCUGUCAAAUGCUGCAUUCUUCAGUGACGGUGCAGGAGAUCUGGAUUGUAUCAUCCAGUACUUGAGUAAUAAGUAAUCACCUCAUGUCUCAGACAUGCCUUGAAUGCCCUCUCUGACGUUGAAGACUGACCUUUGCUGAGUCAUAAUGAAAACACGGGAUGGGUUGUGCUUCUGGGGCAAAAGUGCAAUUCCACAUCACAUCAGUAAGUCGUUUGUUGGGUAAACUCAGAUAAACAAACCGUUGCGUUUGAUUACAUUUUCGUGUGACAUCAAAGGACGGCUUUUUAAUCUUCACCGCUGGUCAAAUAUGGUGAAUACACUCACAUUGACCACAGAUGGACCUCUUAUCUGCAAUCAUGUGAUGCAUACAGGAAGGGCAGAACUAGGCUAAAGUUGAGAGCUAAGACACUGCUCCCAGUCCCACCCUCAGAAUACAAUUCCCCAUGCCUGUCGGCAGAUCAUCAUAAGUCCAUAUGACGACUGGCAGACAGUCAUCCCCCAGAGUGUGAGAGUCGGGCUUUGGGCCAAACCAUAGAGCACCGGAACAGUGUGGGGGAGGGGUUAAUAAACCUGGCAAGGCCCCAGAGCAAGGUUCUGUUCUGCCUUUAACCUCGCCUGCUCAAGUAGCUAGAACACAAUGUAGCCAUAAAUACUGGUGAAUAAUCAGAAACAACAAUCCACACUAAGCCACUCUGCCAUUCACGCCCCUUUAAAAACACUCACGCAAGGCUGAAGUUAGAGAAGACUAUACACUAGUUAUAUUCACAUUAUAGUCAUUUAGCAGACGCUCUUAUCCAGAGUGACUUACAGGAGAAAUUAGGGUUAAGUGUCUUAAGGGAUUCAAACCAGCGACCGUUCAGUUACUGGCCCAACCGCUAGGCUACCUGCCUCCCAUACCACUGUCAUCAGACCCAACACUCUUAACAGCUAGGCUACCUGCCUCCCAUACCACUGUCAUCAGACCCAACACUCUUAACAGCUAGGCUACCUGCCUCCCAUACCACUGUCAUCAGACCCAACACUCUUAACAGCUAGGCUACCUGCCUCCCAUACCACUGUCUGUUCCAUACCACUGUCAUCAGACCCAACACUCUUAACAGCUAGGCUACCUGCCUCCCAUACCACUGUCAUCAGACCCAACACUCUUAACAGCUAGGCUACCUGCCUCCCAUACCACUGUCAUCAGACCCAACACUCUUAACAGCUAGGCUACCUGCCUCCCAUACCACUGUCAUCAGACCCAACACUCUUAACAGCUAGGCUACCUGCCUCCCAUACCACUGUCAUCAGACCCAACACUCUUAACAGCUAGGCUACCUGCCUCCCAUACCACUGUCAUCAGACCCAACACUCUUAACAGCUAGGCUACCUGCCUCCCUAGCUAGGAUGUGGUCUGGUAAGAGGGACCAUAGGGAUCAAGGAACUUGAUGGUGACCUCCCAGCUGGCUGUUACUGUCGGUUCUAGCCUACACAUGAAGGAGACGUCUGUCUCCCCCCUUUCUCUUCCUCUAGUGGGAUGUCUCUGCUGAUCCAUCCGGAGGUGAAUCCAUUCAUUAAAGAGGAGAUUAAUGAGUCGGACAUUCAGGCUCAGACGCCGAUCUGUUCCCCAUCUCAAUGGGGUUCACUAGCAGCGCAGCUCCCAUUCGGUCACCACAGCACUCUCCCAGCGUCUAGGAAAAAGGGGCCACAGCAGCCACACACACAGAGAAACGUGUGUGUUGCUUUUCAGAUCCACUGUAUGUCACCAGCAGCACCCCAUAAACUUGAACCCUCAAACACUCACCCCCACUCAAAUCUCCUCACAAAGGGGCAAAGAGCUACCAUCUGUCUGAAAGAAAGAAAGAGGGGGAGAAGAGAAAAUGAUAGAGACAGAGGAAGAGAGACAGACAGACGGAGACAGAGACAGAGACAGAGAGCGAGACAGACACAGAGAGGGAGACACAGAGACAGACACAGAGAGGGAGACACAGAGACAGACACAGAGAGGGAGACACAGAGAGGGAGACACAGAGAGGGAGACAGAGAGACGCAGAGAGGGAGACAGAGAGACACAGAGGGAGACACAGAGGGAGACACAGAGGGAGACACAGAGGGAGACACAGACACAGAGGGAGACACAGACACAGAGGGAGACACAGACACAGAGGGAGACAGAGACACAGAGGGAGACAGAGACACAGAGGGAGACAGAGACACAGAGGGAGACAGAGACACAGAGGGAGACAGAGACACAGAGGGAGACAGAGACACAGAGGGAGACAGAGACACAGAGGGAGACAGAGACACAGAGGGAGACAGAGACACAGAGGGAGACAGAGACACAGAGGGAGACAGAGACACAGAGGGACAGGACAGAGGAGGACACAGAGGGAGACAGAGACACAGAGGGAGACAGAGACACAGAGGGAGACAGAGACACAGAGGGAGACAGAGACACAGAGGGAGACAGAGACACAGAGGGAGACAGAGACACACAGAGGGAGACAGAGACACAGAGGGAGACAGAGACACAGAGGGAGACAGAGAUGCAAUGGGCUAGGAGACAAGGAGAGGAAAGAACAUUAAAUAUGGCUCUUAUUACAUUGCCGCCAAUUCGAACAACAUUGAUCAUGAUGAUCAGCGUCAUCAUAUUCAAUACAGCGCUACCAGAUUCUGUCAUAUUUGCUGGGCACCAUAGCCCCUCUCCCCAUGUCAGUUUAAUAGAUCACAGCUACCACACUAAUCCCAUAGAGAGGUCUCAUAAUCUGAAAUCAGUUUCUAUACACAGAGAGAGCGAGAGAGAGAAACCGAGGGAGGGAGGGGGUAAUUGGGAGAAAAUGCAGGCCUAUACAGUCAAUCUAAUAAAGAUGGAGAAAAACUGCAAGUAACAAACAGGCAGAGGGACAGAGAGAGGGACAGAGAGAGGGACAGCGAGAGGGACAGAGACAGCAAGAGGGAGAGCGAGAGGGAGAAAAAGAGGGAGAGAGAAUGAGGGAAGGGGAAAGGAAUCGUGACCUGAUUUUCCACACUAAGCCAGCUCAGAACUGGAGCAGAGAGAGCAGGAGCCACAAUGUUUCCACUGAGUACACACACACAGACCACUACUCUAGUCCCUCUACCAACACACAGACAGACCACUGCUCUAGUCCCUCUACCAACACACAGACAGACCACUGCUCUAGUCCCUCUACCAACACACAGACAGACCACUGCUCUAGUCCCUCUACCAACACACAGACAGACCACUGCUCUAGUCCCUCUACCAACACACAGACAGACCACUGCUCUAGUCCCUCUACCAACACACAGACAGACCACUGCUCUAGUCCCUCUACCAACACACAGACAGACAGACCACUGCUCUAGUCCCUCUACCAACACACAGACAGACAGACCACUGCUCUAGUCCCCUACCAACCACACACACCAGACCACUGCUCUAGUCCCUCUACCAACACACAGACAGACCACUGCUCUAGUCCCCUCUACCAACACACACAGACAGACAGACCACUGCUCUAGUCCCCUCUACCAACCACACACACAGACCACUGCUCUAGUCCCUCUACCAACACACAAACACAGACCACUGCUCUAGUCCCUCUACCAACACACACACACAGACCACUGCUCUAGUCCCUCUACCAACACACACACACACACACAGACACUGCUCUAGUCCCCUCUACCAACACACACAGACAGACCACUGCUCUAGUCCCUCUACCAACACACACACACAGACCACUGCUCUAGUCCCUCUACCAACACACACACACAGACCACUGCUCUAGUCCCUCUACCACAACACCAGACCACUGCUCUAGUCCCUCUACCAACACACACACAACAGACCACUGCUCUAGUCCCUCUACCAACACACACACACACACAGACCACUGCUCUAGUCCCUCUACCAACACACACAGACAGACCACUGCUCUAGUCCCUCUACCAACACACACACACAGACCACUGCUCUAGUCCCUCUACCAACACACACACACAGACCACUGCUCUAGUCCCUCUACCAACACACACACACACAGACCACUGCUCUAGUCCCUCUACCAACACACACACAGACAGACCACUGCUCUAGUCCCUCUACCAACACACACACAGACAGACCACUGCUCUAGUCCCUCUACCAACACACACACACAGACCACUGCUCUAGUCCCUCUACCAAACACACACAGACCACUGCUCUAGUCCCUCUACCAACCACACAGACCACUGCUCUAGUCCCUCUACCAAACACAACCACUGACCUGCUUAGUCCCUCUACCAACACACACAGACAGAGACCACUGCUCUAGUCCCUCUACCAACACACACACACAGACCACUGCUCUAGUCCCUCUACCAACACACAGACCACUGCUCUAGUCCCUCUACCAACACACAGACCACUGCUCUAGUUCCUCUACCAACACAGACCACUGCUCUAGUCCCUCUACCAACACACAGACCACUGCUCUAGUCCCUCUACCAACACACACAGACACCCCUGCUCUAGUCCCUCUACCAACACACAGACCACUGCUCUAGUCCCUCUACCAACACACACAGACCACUGCUCUAGUCCCUCUACCAACACACACAGACCACUGCUCUAGUCCCUCUACCAACACACAGACCACUGCUCUAGUCCCUCUACCAACACACAGACCACUGCUCUAGUCCCUCUACCAACACAGACACAGACCACUGCUCUAGUCCCUCUACCAACACAGACACAGACCACUGCUCUAGUCCCUCUACCAACACAGACACAGACCACUGCUCUAGUCCCUCUACCAACACACACAGACCACUGCUCUAGUCCCUCUACCAACACACACACCAGCUUAGUCCUACCAACAGCACAGACCACUGCUCUAGUCCCUCUACCAACACACACAGACAGACCACUGCUCUAGUCCCUCUACCAACACAAAACCCAGACCACUGCUCUAGUCCCUCUACCAACACACACACAGACCACUGCUCUAGUCCCUCUACCAACCACACACAGACCACUGCUCUAGUCCCUCUACCAACACACACACAGACAGACCACUGCUCUAGUCCCUCUACCAACACACACACAGACAGACCACUGCUCUAGUCCCUCUACACACACAGACCAGCCAGUCCUUACAACAACACAACCACUGCUCUAGUCCCUCUACCAACACACACACACAGACCACUGCUCUAGUCCCUCUACCAACACACACAACAGACCACUGCUCUAGUCCCUCUACCAACACACACAGACCACUGCUCUAGUCCCUCUACCAACACACAGACCACUGCUCUAGUCCCUCUACCAACACAGACCACUGCUCUAGUCCACUCUAUACCAACACACAGACCACUGCUCUAGUCCCUCUACCAACACAACCAGACAAACGACCACUGCUCUAGUCCCUCUACCAACACACACACACAGACCACUGCUCUAGUCCCUCUACCAACACCAGACCACUGCUCUAGUCCCUCUACCAACACAACAGCACCUACCACACACCUGCUCUAGUUCCUCUACCAACACAGACCACUGCUCUAGUCCCUCUACCAACACACAGACCACUGCUCUAGUCCCUCUACCAACACACACAGACACCCCUGCUUUAGUCCCUCUACCACACACAGACCACUGCUCUAGUCCCUCUACCAACACACACAGACCACUGCUCUAGUCCCUCUACCAACACACACAGACCACUGCUCUAGUCCCUCUACCAACACACACAGACCACUGCUCUAGUCCCUCUACCAACACACAGACCACUGCUCUAGUCCCUCUACCAACACAGACACAGACCACUGCUCUAGUCCCUCUACCAACACAGACACAGACCACUGCUCUAGUCCCUCUACCAACACAGACACAGACCACUGCUCUAGUCCCUCUACCAACACAGACACAGACCACUGCUCUAGUCCCUCUACCAACACAGACACAGACCACUGCUCUAGUCCCUCUACCAACACAGACACAGACCACUGCUCUAGUCCCUCUACCAACACAGACACAGACCACUGCUCUAGUCCCUCUACCAACACAGACACAGACCACUGCUCUAGUCCCUCUACCAACACACACAGACCACUGCUCUAGUCCCUCUACCAACACACACACAGACAGACCACUGCUCUAGUCCCUCUACCAACACACACAGACAGACCACUGCUCUAGUCCCUCUACCAACACACACAGACCACUGCUCUAGUCCCUCUACCAACACAGACACAGACCACUGCUCUAGUCCCUCUACCAACACACACACAGACCACUGCUCUAGUCCCUCUACCAACACACACAGACAGACCACUGCUCUAGUCCCUCUACCAACACACACACACAGACCACUGCUCUAGUCCCUCUACCAACACACACACAGACAGACCACUGCCCUAGUCCCUCUACCAACACACACACACAGACCACUGCUCUAGUCCCUCUACCAACACACACACACAGACCACUGCUCUAGUCCCUCUACCAACACACACACAGACAGACCACUGCUCUAGUCCCUCUACCAACACACAGACCACUGCUCUAGUCCCUCUACCAACACACAGACCACUGCUCUAGUCCCUCUACCAACACACAGACCACUGCUCUAGUCCCUCUACCAACACAGACCACUGCUCUAGUCCCUCUACCAAUACACAGACCACUGCUCUAGUCCCUCUACCAACACACACAGACAGAGACCACUGCUCUAGUCCCUCUACCAACACACACACACAGACCACUGCUCUAGUCCCUCUACCAACACACAGACCACUGCUCUAGUCCCUCUACCAACACACAGACCACUGCUCUAGUCCCUCUACCAACACACAGACCACUGCUCUAGUCCCUCUACCAACACAGACCACUGCUCUAGUCCCUCUACCAAUACACAGACCACUGCUCUAGUCCCUCUACCAACACACACAGACAGAGACCACUGCUCUAGUCCCUCUACCAACACACACACACAGACCACUGCUCUAGUCCCUCUACCAACACACAGACCACUGCUCUAGUCCCUCUACCAACACACAGACCACUGCUCUAGUCCCUCUACCAACACACAGACCACUGCUCUAGUCCCUCUACCAACACACACAGACCACUGCUCUAGUCCCUCUACCAACACACACAGACCACUGCUCUAGUCCCUCUACCAACACACACAGACCACUGCUCUAGUCCCUCUACCAACACACACAGACCACUGCUCUAGUCCCUCUACCAACAGACACAGACCACUGCUCUAGUCCCUCUACCAACAGACACAGACCACUGCUCUAGUCCCUCUACCAACACAGACCACUGCUCUAGUCCCUCUACCAACACAGACACAGACCACUGCUCUAGUCCCUCUACCAACACACACACAGACCACUGCUCUAGUCCCUCUACCAACACACACAGACAGACCACUGCUCUAGUCCCUCUACCAACACACAGACCACUGCUCUAGUCCCUCUACCAACACACAGACCACUGCUCUAGUCCCUCUACCAACACAGACACAGACCACUGCUCUAGUCCCUCUACCAACACAGACACAGACCACUGCUCUAGUCCCUCUACCAACACACACACAGACAGACCACUGCUCUAGUCCCUCUACCAACACACACACAGACCACUGCUCUAGUCCCUCUACCAACACACACACAGACCACUGCUCUAGUCCCUCUACCAACACACAGACAGACCACUGCUCUAGUCCCUCUACCAACACACACACAGAGACCACUGCUCUAGUCCCUCUACCAACACACACAGACCACUGCUCUAGUCCCUCUACCAACACACAGACCACUGCUCUAGUCCCUCUACCAACACACACAGACCACUGCUCUAGUCCCUCUACCAACACACACACAGACCACUGCUCUAGUCCCUCUACCAACACACACACAGACCACUGCUCUAGUCCCUCUACCAACACACACACAGACCACUGCUCUAGUCCCUCUACCAACACACACAGACCACUGCUCUAG